AUGGAUGUGCUGAGCCAAGGCCAGAGCCCCAGAAUGAAACAAGUACAGACUCUGAGCAAAGCUCCCCUCAUCCUGAGAGUGAACCCACUGCCCCUGGGGUCCAGGUGAUUGGCAAUGACCCCUGUGAUGUUGGCAUUCAUGAGGGAGCUCCCUGGGUGGUUCCUGGUCGCUGGGGUCUUCCUACCCGUGGCUCUGCUGCUGUUCCUUCUCAUCGCCUACUUCAGGAUCAAACUGAUGGAGGUUAACGAAGAACUGUCACAGACCCCCCAGCGCCAGCACAAACACGAGGCUGGCUCUGACCUGUAUCAGAGGAGGAAAAGAACGUGA